UCUGAGGCUUUUUGGGCUUCCCUGUAGCAAGUCAUAUUGCUUCCAUCCUUUUGUAUCUCUCAUGGAGGAAGGGAGCAGCCAAGACAGCGACGAAACGGACGAGACCGACCCAGAUGUCCCCGUCGAGACGGAGCCGAAGUGGGGCAGCGACUUCGCAUUGGGUCGAGUCCCACGAUCGAUGCGAUACAGCUGGGUGUCCAUGGCAAUGGAGCAGGUAGCGCAAGGUGGAUGCAUUGCUGUGGUAGUGAUUGGAGCUCAGCUUGGGCACAAAAUGACAGAAAGAAACGCCAUCCUGGCUGUGAUCAUUGGCAACCUUAUUCUGGCUGUUAUUUGCAUUGCGGUAGGCAUGAUCGGCUGUCGAGAGGGUAUGACAACUGCAAUGAUUGCCCGCUGGACUGGUUUCGGUGUCACUGGCACUGCAAUUCUGAGUGUGGCCAUCGCGGGAAGUUUGGUUGGAUGGUUUGGUAUUCAAGCCGAGAUUGCUGGAGAGGGUUUGGAAGUAAUUCUUCCUUUGAAGAUGCCAUGGCUUUGGACAAUCGCAAAUGGGGCGGUCCUAACGAUCGUGGCUGCUUUCGGUUUCCGCUACAUCGUUGGAGUGGCCUGGGUAACAGGUCCUGCAUUCUUUAUUGUUGUGAUUUGGGCAUGUGUCACCAGCAUUCAGGAUCCACCUCUUACCAAGGAGGUCAAUGAUGCGGAAUUGUCACUGCUUCAAGGAACGGGCAUUGUUGUGGGAGGCUACAUUGUUGGCUCCAUUGUUGUGUCAGACGUCUUUCGAUUCAGUCGCUCAAAGCGCGCAGUGGUCUCGCAGGUCAUGCUGCCCCGCACUCUGUCAAUCGUGGCUUACAUGAUCGUUGGGGUCAUUGUUGCUAGAGCCUGUGGAAGUGAGGAUGUGAUCAACAUCAUGAACAAAUCAGUAGGCAUCGGAGCUGUGGUGAUCGUUGUGGCUGGAGAGAUGGUGAUCAAUUGCACCAAUCUGUACUUCUCUGGCUUAGCCAUUGUUGCUUUCUUUGACACGUGCGGCUGCCACAUUCCACGACCUCUUGUGACAAUUGCAUGUGGCAUCAUUGGAAGUGCAGCUGGCGCCAUGGGCAUUCUAAAAAGGUUCAUCAACUUCCUAGAAGUUCUCGCGGUAGCCUUCCCGCCAGUGGCAGGUAUCAUGUGCUGUGAGUACUUUGUUGUGAAAGCAUUUCGCGUGAAUUUCGACGAAACUCGACCGUCUGGAGAGAUGCCUAAAUCCGCACCUGCUUUUCUCCCGCUGUCAAUUGUUUCAUGGCUGUCCGCUACCUUGCUGGGGCACUUCCUGGAAGGCAUGCCAUACCUGUAUUCAUUGUUUGGUGCAGCAUUCGUAUAUGCAAUCGGAAAUUGUUUGGGAUUGAAUAUUGUAAUUCAAAACUGUCCAACAAAUAUAUUUAGAAAUUCAAAUAAUUAA